UGUUGUUUUUGUUUUUUUUUUUUAAUCCCAGCUGAUAAAAUCUGUGGAAUUUCUGUCGUGACCUGUUGUGUGUGGUUGAUUCCUUCCAGGUGGCCAUGGGUUUCUUCCAGGUGGGCUUUGUCUCCGUGUACCUGUCGGAUUCUCUGCUCAGUGGCUUUGUCACAGGGGCCUCCAUCACUGUGCUGACCUCACAAGUCAAAUACCUUCUGGGCCUGGACAUCCCUCGCAGCGGGGGCAUCGGCUCCCUCGUCACCACCUGGAUAAACAUCUUCAGGAGCAUCCACAGGACCAACCUCUGCGACCUCAUCACCAGCUUCCUGUGCUUCCUGGUGCUCAUCCCGGCCAAAGAGCUGAACGAACGCUUCAAAUCCAAGCUCAAGGCUCCCAUCCCAGUGGAACUCUUCGUGGUUGUGGCAGCCACUCUGGCGUCUCACUUUGGGAAGCUGAGAGAGAAUUACGGCUCCAGCAUUUCCGGGCACAUCCCCACUGGGUUCCUGCCACCACGGCCUCCAGACUGGGCCCUGAUUCCCAACGUGGCGUUGGAUGCCAUCCCCAUUGCCAUCAUUGGCUUUGCCAUCACCGUGUCCCUCUCGGAGAUGUUCGCCAAGAAGCACGGCUACUCGGUGAGAGCCAACCAGGAGAUGUACGCCAUCGGCUUCUGCAACAUCAUCCCCUCCUUCUUCCACUGCUUCACCACCAGUGCUGCUCUUGCCAAGACCCUGGUCAAGGAGUCCACGGGCUGCAGGACCCAGAUGUCCGGCCUGGUGACCAGUUUGGUGAUCCUCUUAGUGCUCCUUGUGAUCGCGCCGUUGUUUUACUCCCUGCAGAAAUGCGUCCUCGCCGUCAUCACCAUCGUCAACCUCCGCGGGGCCCUGCGCAAGUUCAGGGACCUGCCCAAGAUGUGGCACCUGAGCAAGGUGGACACGGUGAUCUGGGGGGUCACCAUGGUGGCCACGGCGCUCAUCAGCACCGAGAUCGGGCUCCUGGUGGGGGUUUGCUUCUCCAUGCUCUGCGUCAUCUUCCGCACGCAGCGCCCCGAGGCGCCGCUGCUGGGCUGGGUGGCCGAAUCGGAGACCUACGAGUCCCUGUCUGCCUACAAAAACCUGCAAACCAAGCCCGGGGUGGUGGUGUUCCGAUUUGAAGCCCCCCUGUAUUACAUCAACAAGGAGUGCUUCAAAUCCAUCCUCUACAAACAAACUGGGGUCAACCCCGUGUGGGUGAAGGCGGCCAAGAAGAAAGCGGAGAAGAGGAUGCUCAAGGAGAAGGAGGAGGGGUCUGGGGACAAGCAGAGCGACAUCCCCACGGAUUUGGGGUUGGAAGCUGUGGGGUUUCACACCAUAGUGAUCGACUGCUGUGCCGUGCAGUUCCUGGACACGGCCGGCAUCCGCACGCUCCAGGAGGUCUGCAAGGACUACGGGGACAUCGAUGUCCACGUGCUGCUGGCCCAGUGCAACCCUUCUGUCAGGAGCUCCCUGCUCCGAGGGGACUUCUUCAAAGAAGGGGAGGAGCACCUGCUCUUCCACAGCGUGCACCAGGCCGUGGACUUCGCCCUGGGCACGCAGGGCCACGGUGCUUGCAAGAACUAGGUGGGAAAGAGAGGAGAUAGGAGCAAAGGCUGGGCAAACAGGGCUG